AUGCGUUACUGGACCAAACCAGAGGAGCUUCUCCUUUGCGAUAUCCUAGACAGCAUCCUUUCCCAGUCAACUUUCUCUACCUUUGUCCAGCUCACGGCAGAAGUCCGGUUAAAGUUUCAAGAUGCAGCUGAAGUGGGAGAGUCUGUCUUCACCAAGGAGCAGAUCACGAACAAAAUUGUGGGCCUGGGCCGCACCCAUGGGCUGAAGCCAGAUACGCUUCUCCGGAAUUGGGCAGACUACGGGCCCAAGAUGAGAAGCCAUUUUGAGGGCGGCAAACGAAAAUCUACAAGUACAUACCCACCUCAGACCGAUAACACGCUGAACGAAGGCUCAACUUUCAACCUUGAAGAUCUUGGAGAGAGCACUGCCCAGGGUGAUGGUGGCGAAACAUUGCGUCCUUCUCUUUCAAAUGGGGCGGGACAAAGUUCUCGUAGUGCGCCGACAUCAAGUUCUCCUUCCGACACUAUCUCGGUUGACUUUCGGGACGACGAAGCCGAAAGAACCCCCCCAGUUCAUUCCAGUGGAAUCCAACUCGAAGAAUGGGAGUUGCAAUUUCUCCUCCAUCUUCGAGAGCAACGCGGCAGCACGGGCUACGAGCCUCCUCUUCCAAAGCGACAUAUCCAGAACGUCCUGCAGAAAACCAUGCAACAGAUCGACGAAACCUUCGUCCACGUCAUGCUGGGCACUAGGAUCGUGAUGCCAACUUCGUCAAGACUGACAGGUGAGCCGCUGGAGCUGACUCGUUUGUUGGUGGAUUCGCCCACCGACGGACAGACAGAGCGACGUCUAAAGGCUUUGAUCGCUGGGCCUCAUAUGUCCGAACGGACCCUGUUUCGUGCUUACACUGCUGCGGCAAUAUACGAAUGGGCGCUGAAGUCAUUCGACGCCAACCUUGCACAUAUCCCCUCGUCUGACUAUAACCACGAAAUCGCUCGGGGUGUGAGUGUGAAGAGAGUCAACCAAUACAUCGACAAAGUCAUUAGGCCCGCGCUGUCAUCCAGUGCGUCGGAACUUCAGGAGAAGCUUUACAACGUCUUCAUCAGCAUAUCAGCCCCGGCAGUCAGAGAGGGAAAGUCGGCGGCAGGCGAGGGGUUUGAAUUCCAAGAUCGACAACUGCGCCAGUGGCAAGAGCGCGUCCAAACCGGUCUCCUCGAGCUGCUGGACACGAGGGCCACUAUGGCCAAGUGCUCACUAUUGUACGGCUUCAGGCUCCCGGCAGUCGGACACCCGUUCGAGGCGGAAUGGAUGGAACCAGCUCAUCCAGAGGACCAAGCUUUCGGCAAAAGUGACCUGGUCUAUGUGUGUCUCCGUCCCGCUGUGUUUGCCCAUGACAGAAAUGGCGGUGUGGCACCACCGGUCCUUGUCUCUCCUGCCUUGGUGAUGCUUGAAGGCUACGAGCCGGACUUGACGAUGACUUGA